GGGGAGGAGUUAAAGAACAACCGUUAAAGGCGCGUCAAACUGUCUGCCAGACAGUGCGUUCUGCGAGGUUGCAAAGUUAGCGACACAAAAAUUGUUUUCUAUAUCCCGCUGUUACUCGGUAUAUCGCAAUGGCUGAUCAGCUAACAGAGGAGCAGAUUGCCGAGUUCAAAGAGGCUUUCUCGCUCUUUGAUAAGGAUGGCGACGGCACCAUCACCACCAAAGAGCUGGGAACCGUAAUGCGCUCUCUGGGCCAGAACCCCACAGAGGCUGAGCUGCAGGACAUGAUCAACGAGGUGGACGCUGAUGGUAAUGGAACGAUAGACUUCCCAGAGUUCCUGACCAUGAUGGCGAGAAAGAUGAAGGACACAGACAGCGAGGAGGAGAUCAGAGAAGCGUUCCGUGUCUUUGACAAGGAUGGGAACGGUUACAUAAGUGCUGCUGAGCUGCGCCAUGUGAUGACAAACCUCGGGGAGAAGCUGACCGAUGAGGAAGUUGACGAGAUGAUCCGAGAAGCAGACAUUGAUGGAGAUGGCCAGGUCAAUUAUGAAGAGUUCGUACAAAUGAUGACGGCGAAGUGAAGGCCUUGUACAGAUGUUGUAUAAAUAAUUUGCCUUUUUUUCUGUGGAAUUUAUCUGUAAAAUCUUAAUAUCCCCCCUCCCUGCUGUCCAAAGGAACUGCAUGUAAACUGCAUAGGCUCCGAGUCCCCAUGUCCCUUUCUUUUGCUGUCCUCGUGUUUUGGAGUGACGGUGUGGUUGUACAAACGGGUGCCUGUCGCAGCCCCAGGGGUUGGCGAGCGCUUAGAAUCGUCACGUCGGCUCCGUUCUGGAUGCGUGGCAACAUUGGUGACCUGUCACUUGGGGCAGCUAUGUUGCCAUGGAAAUGGCCUAGAGGAGUAACACUGCAUGGACUACGGACAAAGUGUAUAUGGAAAUCUCUCAGCAUUGCACUACUGCAAAGAAUUUUAAACUACACAGGUGUAUCUUGUAGGUACACUUAAACUCUUUUUGUAUCUGCUGUUCUUUACCAGAAAAUUACUUUGUUUUAAUCUUACUAUGCUUUUUAAUGUUUUACUCACUACUUUUUAUGGCCUUUGGCCAUGCUUCAAAUAAUCCAUUCCAAGUUGUAUAUUUUUGUUUUCCAAUAAAAUUUACAAUUUACCCAGAUUUGAAAAUUGUCUUUUCUCAACCGUAAUGGAUUGUUGCCGUUGUGUAAUAGUGAUCUUUUGUAUGAAGGAAAGCUGUUUGUUUUGAUAAACAUUAAUUUUUGCAUAGGCCUUGAUAUUUACUAAAGUGAUCAGGUAAAUUCCAUGAGCACAGAAUGUCUUAGCCAAUGCCUCAUAACAUUCAGCUAAGCUCUGAUCAAAUUUGUAGUCCUUUAAAAAUAAAUUGACUUGAUGGAUCAAAGGAUUAUAUUUCUAAUAUUAGUUUAUCAAUUUACUGUCCAGGUCUUUUGCUAACUGGCGUCAUCUGAUCAUAUUGGCUUGGUACGAGGCAGAAGUUGACUGCCUCGUGUCUUUGGCACAAGUCUUUAUCACGAGAUGCUUGAAUCGCAGGUAUGCAUGUUGGCACUAAGGCUGUAAUUGGAACAGCGCUCAUUUGUUAAAUGUUGAAUUUGUUAAUUUGCAGAGAUGCUAAGUUUGAAGAUGAAAUAAAGCUAUUGUGUAACUCA